GGAAGGUAAUUUGAAUAACACCUGUUGUCUAGGGUCCCCAGUCAGCAGUUAUCCUAAGCACCACAUUUGAAUUUCAUUACUCCAAUGACCUGAGGCUCUGCAAGAUUAAUCCUGUUUCAUGUUGCAGACAGACUCAAAUGCAGCGCAGACGCACAGCUUGACAAAACAGUUUGUGCAUUAUUGUUGUGCUCCGAGGAUAAACUGUUCGGUACAGUCAGAACUCACUUCCAAGUGCGUCAAAAAAUGACUCCAAUUGAUGUGUGGAACAGCAGACUUUAACGUGUUUUCUUCAUUUGUUUGUGUUUCCAAUAAAAGCUUUUCUGUUCCAUCUCCACUUGGUAUCCCAAUCAGGCCUACGUAUGAGUGAGAGCGCAGCAGUACUUAGUUGGCAACCCGCGAAGAAUCGUGUUUUCAGCAAUAAUUACGCACGAUCCAAUCACGUGUUCCCUUGCGUUUAUUUUGGGCACGGAUCCUGGAUUUGAUGAAAACCCACAAAUGAAUGUUUUAACUGCACAAACCUCUGGAAAACGACAAUAAUUGGCUUGCGCAACUAUUUUAAGACUUGAUUUCCCACAGGGAUGAAUAGUGUGUGACUUUGAUGGCACAAACUGUUCUCUCAAGAAUGAAUAGCAACAUAUAUUUUUGUUGUGUAACUAUUUAAUUUAUUUUAUUUGUUUUAAAAGACUCCAUGAAUGAAAUAUAGAUUUUUUUCCAUACGCUGCGUUACUCUGUGGAGCGCAGACAGUGAGGAAGCUGCUCCCCAGCUGCCUAAAAGUGGAGCCUCCCCUAUACGCACCGACGGAUGAGCAUCCUCGACCUGUUGACUCAGUGAGGAGAAAAGUGGAGCCGCGUUUUCGCCUGUGCCAAAACCACAGAAAGAAGUUCCUUUUUAUUUUGCAGUCAGAGGAAGUCGAGCAGUGUGCCAUGAAACGCAUCGAUGUGUGGGUUAUUAUUGUUGAAUAGCAAAGGAGAGAGGAGCGGAGCCGUUGCUGGACUGGACCACCUCUUCUUUGCUGUGGAGAAGCCCUUUUCGGUGGUAUUUGUCUCCAUCUGUGCGUUUUGAAGAGGACAAUGGUCGAACUGGAAAAGGAGGUGCUCCCGUUGCCCCCUCGGUACCGGUUCCGAGACUUGUUGCUCGGGGACUGGCAGUCUGACGACAGGGUGCAGGUAGAGUUCUAUGUGAAUGAGAACACUUUCAAGGAGCGCCUCAAGCUUUUCUUCAUCAAAAACCAAAGAUCCAGUCUGCGAGUGCGAAUGUUUAAUUUUGCCCUGAAAGUGCUGAGUUGCCUUCUCUACAUUGUUCGAGUCCUGCUUGACAACCCACAAGAGGAGAGACAGGACUGCAUUGGAGGACUUAACUGCUCCAAGCAAAACACAUCCUCCCGUCCCUGGAGUGAGUUUGACUGGAAACUCAUCAUCUGGGUUGACAGACCUCUGCCGCUCUGGGCUCUGCAGGUGCUGGUGGCUUUCAUCAGCUUUUCAGAAACUAUGUUGCUCGUCUAUCUCAGCUACAAGGGCAACGUCUGGGAGCAAGUGUUGCGUGUCCCGUUCAUUCUGGAGAUGAUCAGCACCGUCCCCUUCAUGAUCACUGUGAUUUUGCCCUCCUUCAGAAAUCUCUUCAUUCCCGUAUUUCUCAACUGCUGGCUAGCCAAGCACGCCUUGGAGAACAUGAUUAAUGACCUCCACAGAGCCAUCCAGAGGACACAUUCAGCCAUGUUUAACCAGGUGGUGAUCCUCAUCAGCACUCUGGUCUGUCUAAUGUUUACAUGCAUCUGUGGCAUCCAGCACCUCGAGCGCGCGGGAAACAACCUGACCCUGUUCGACUCGCUUUACUUCUGCGUCGUCACCUUCUCCACCGUGGGCUUUGGCGACGUCACCCCCCAGAUCUGGCCUUCACAGCUCCUGGUCGUCAUCAUGAUUUUUGUGGCGCUCAUCGUGCUUCCCAUCCAGGAUCAUCAGACGAUUCUGCGAGCCUGGGCUGUCAAAGACUUUGCUCCAAACUGCCCCCUGUACGUGCAGAUCCUCAAGCCGGAGAACAAGUUCCAUGUCAAGUUUGCAGAUCAUGUUGUGUGUGAAGAGGAGUUUAAGUACGCGAUGCUGGCUUUAAACUGCGUGUGCCCUGGUACCUCAACUCUUAUCACUCUGUUGAUCCACUCCUCCAGAGGACAGACCGCACAUCAAGAGGCCUUUAAGCAGCGCGCGGGAGCCUUUCAAGUCCUCAACAGAGAAGGCGGUGCAAGUUCCUCCGACCAAUGGCACCGGACCUACAGACGUUGCUCUGCCAACGAGGUGCAUCACAUUCGCCUGGAAGAAAGCAAAUUCUUCGGGGAAUACCAGGGCAAGAGUUUCACUUUUGCAUCUUUUCAUGCACACAAAAAGUAUGGAGUCUGCCUAAUCGGCGUGCGCCGACUGGACACCACCAACAUCUUGUUAAAUCCCGGGCCGUGUCACAUCAUGGGGGCCUCGGACACCUGCUUCUACAUCAACAUCUCCAAGGAAGAGAACUCGGCGUUCGUCAGGGGUCAGAGGGAGCCGUCAUGGGGAGGCACAGGGGGAAAUACCAGAGGAAUGCAGCAGAGUAUCUACCACGGACUCACACGCCUGCCAGUCCAUAGUAUCAUCGCCAGCAUGGGUACCGUGGCCAUCGACCUGCAGGACUCCAGUGACAGCAGCCCAGAAAGCCAGGACCCGGGGGGCCCGGGUCUCGGCAGCGGAAGAGCAAGCAGAAGCAGCUCCAGGACUGAAAUGGGGGGCGCCAACACUUUGGCGUUGCCGGCCAUGGGGGACUCGGCUGAGGAGAGGCGGCACAGCAUCGCCCCCGUCCUGGAGCUGGUGGACGGCGUCAACAAUCCCACCUUUGACCUUCUGGGGGACCAGUCGGAGGAUGAAGGGGCAGAGGAGAGCAAAGACGACAGCGACAGGGAUGAGGGCGCCAGCUGGUGGGGCCGACACUGCGAGUGGGUGAAGGGAUACCCACUAAACUCCCCCUACAUCGGCAGCUCACCCACAUUGUGCCAUCUUCUACAAGAAAAGAUGCCCUUCUGCUGUCUGCGCAUGGACAAGGCUUGUCAUCACAUCCCGUUUGAGGAUGCGCGCUCCUAUGGAUUCAAAAAUAAAUUGAUCAUCGUGUCAGCAGAGAGUGCAGGAAACGGGCUGUACAACUUCAUCGUGCCUCUACGGGCUUACUACCGACCCAGGAAGGAGCUCAACCCCAUCGUGCUGCUAUUGGAAAGCAUACCUGAAGCAGAUUUCCUAGAAGCAAUCUGCUGGUUUCCCAUGGUGUUCUACACAGUGGGCUCCAUCGACAAUCUGGACAGUUUGCUCCGUUGUGGAGUGACGUUUGCCGACACCAUGGUGGUGGUUGACAAAGAGAGCUCCAUGAUUGCAGAGGAGGACUACAUGGCUGAUGCAAAAACCAUUGUCAAUGUACAAACCCUAUUCAGACUGUUCCCGGCGCUCAGUAUCAUCACAGAGCUCACUCAUCCAGCCAACAUGCGCUUUAUGCAAUUCAAAGUCAAAGACCACUACUCCCUGGCUCUGUCCAAACUAGAAAAGAAAGAAAAAGAGAAAGGAUCCAACCUGGUCUUCAUGUUUCGUCUUCCUUUUGCAGCUGGGAAAGUGUUCAGUGUUAGCAUGCUGGACACUCUCCUCUACCAGUCAUUUGUGAAGGACUACAUGAUCUCCAUCUCCAGGCUGCUGCUCGGUUUGGACUCCAUGCCUGGCUCAGGUUUCCUUUGUGCCAUGAAAAUCACAGAAGAUGAUCUUUGGAUCCGAACCUAUGGCAGACUCUACCAGAAGUUAUGCUCCUCCAAUGGAGACAUUCCUAUAGGCAUCUACCGUACAGAGGCACACAAGCUUCCAGUCUCUGAAUCUCAGGUAUCCAUCACGGUUGAAGACUACGAGGACACCAGAGAACCCAGAGAGCCCCUCCUGUCCCGCACAGGCGCUCACCGUAACUCCACUUCCUCAGAGCCCAUCUCCACCUCCUCCCACUCCUCCGACCACCCGCUGCUCAGGAGGAAGAGCAUGCAGUGGGCACGGCGGCUGAGCCGGAAAGGAGGCCGAGGGUCAAGCGGGGCCAAAGGGGGUCCCGGCAGCGCAGCGGAGAGGAUCACUCAGCAGAGGCUGACCCUGUUCCGGCGUUCGGAGCGACAGGAGCUGAACGCUUUGGUGCGGACGAGGAUGAAGCACUUGGGUCUUUCUCCGACUGGAUUCAAUGGGAUGACAGACCAAGGAAACAGACUGUCGUACAUCCUCAUCAACCCCUCCCCAGACACCAGACUGGAGCUGCACGACGUCGUGUACCUGAUCAGACCGGACCCCCUCUCCCUGGUGCCCAAUCAGGGGAGCAGCAGGAAGUGCAGCGCCGGACUAUCAGAGAGCCACAGGUUUGACACGCAGGACAGCACUCAUCUGUGAGAGGCAAAAAAGGACUAAAAGUACUCUCACAACGACCGAGAGAUCAGGGGACUCACAAAAUCAACAAGAUGGAGAAGCAAAAUCCCCACAGGCAGAAAAGGAGACUGCCAGAUGGCUGACGGCCCUCCUUCUCAGUCUUGCAGAAGUCACAGACUGCAUGGACUUUUUCUAUAAAAAUGGGAAUGUUUUUAUUUAUGCACCUUCCUAUUUUCAAAGCAGAGAGCUGCAACCCAAAAGUGCAUUUAAUGAAAAGUGUCAUGUAUUAAUUCUGUGUAUGUGCAUGUUACCUGGGAUAUCACAUAGUGUGUCUGCAGAGUGGAUUCAGUGGUGUGCAAAGAAGGCCUGCUGCUGUGAAAUGUUCCAUCACUGACUCCUUUCAGGCUGCACGGUGAUGAAGUGAGAAGGUUCUGGUUUGAAUCCCAGCCUGGACUUUUUUGUAUGCAUGUCCUCCUCAUGCAUACAUGGGUUUUCUCUGGGCACCCCUCUCACAGUCUCAAAAAUGCUUCUGAGGAUUCAAAGCUGUCCCGAGGAGUGAAAUCUUUGUGAUUGUUCAACCUGGUAACUGACCAACAGUAGCAGGGAUAGGCUCCAGCAACCCAAUGACCAGAUUCAGAAGAUUAAUUAAUCUCAAACAUAAGCUUACGACUUAAACCAGGAUUUAAAUUGGAUCAUAUUUCUAAAGAUGAAAGCUAAACUCAAUUUGAAAGCUCUGUUAAGCCUUCACUUCGAAAAAGAGUCUUAAGAAAGUAAAAAGAAAAAUUGUUUUAUUUACUGUCUUGCAAGAAAAAAAGAGAUUAUCAAGAACAUUUUUCAAAUCUUAGUUUGUGAAAAAAUUGUUAGUGACUAGAAUUUUUCUUAAAAUUGUUUCCACCCCAUUGCUUGUUUAAGGAAAAUUUGCCAAUGGGGCAAUCAUUGUUAUUUACAAGGGACCUGUUUUCCUGUGUGAUUCAGUCAUUGAUGUCGUUUCAGUAUUUUGACUCAGAAAGUUCACAUAAAUGAUUUCCACUAGCGGAAAAACAAUCAAAACUUCUGGGGAGUUUUGUUUUUUUUUUUUUGCCUCGGCUGAAAAUUUUCUCAAGAGGAAACAAAUAAGAUGAAAAUUUGAGAAAACAUUUUGGAGAACUUUAAAAAUACUGGAAGUGUGAGGUGUUUUGGGUAAAAUAACAAUUUUAAAUAAUUAAAAAUAAAGUAAUUAAACCCUGUUACACAAUAUUUUACUGUUCCUGCAGCUAAAGUAUUUUAAUACUCACUCUGAUGAAAAUUUAACUAUGUUUUUUUUUCCAUUUUUAGCCGCAUUUUUCUUAAAUGUCAUUUUCUAGGACAUGGGUCUGCAUCCUUUAACAGCAAAAGAGCCAUUUCGUCCUGUUUUUUACAGAGCAGAACCCAACGAGAGCCACCAAAUCACACUUAAUCUUAAAAAAAAAAAAACAUAAAAAAAAUUAAAAAUUAAAUUAAAAAAGUGUUUCUUUCUUGUCUUUACUUUUGACGGCAGCAAAUACAAAACAGGGAGCCUGUGGCAUAUUUUUUUACGUCACAAAUAGGCUCUUUUUCAAACGACUUUUCGUCUGCUCAUGGUUAAAACAAUUUGAAUAAACAAAUACUGAAAAAUGUCAUUUUAAAUGCAACGUUUUAUGAAAAAAAUACCACAAGAAAAUGUUAAAAAGACCAUUUUCAUCAGAGUGGCUCUUUAACUUUUCUUUUUUUUCACCUUUCACAGAAGCGGGCGGUUUAACCAGAGUUGCCCUGAACUUUGCACACCGCUGUCUACACUGUUUUGUGUGUGAAUGAAAAUGUGUGCGUGGUUUUGGAUCUGGAGCAAGACACUGCCUAAUUUACCCGGAAAGCCAAGAGUCCAAAGUUCUGGAUGUUUGUUUCCUUUGUGUUUGUCAAAGCGUUGCGUCAAAGUCCAUGUUCUUUGGGGUGUUCAAAAGUGAAAACAUUCUCCAAACCACUUCUUUUUUUAAAAAAAAAAAAAGUCACCAUGAAACCUUUUUGAAACGUGUUGCUCCCAGUUUGUACGCUCACCAGCAGUGGAAGAAUCCAAAGAGCACCCGUCUCUGUUAUGAAGAUUUGAGCGAGCUUUACUGUGUAUGAAGGUGUUGAUUGAGUGCAUUCACUGUUUGCCUGAUUUUAUUAACUUCUCUGUUUCUGCUCAUCCGUGAGCCAACCCUCCACCGGCUUACGUUUGCUGUUGUGCAUGUUAGAAGUCCUGGGAUUGAACGAAAUACCAAGAACAAACAGCAAACUGUGUUAUACUAUCAUGUAGGAAAACCUCUGUGAAUCAGAGGAGGGGUUCAUUCAUUUCAACGCUGAGUCAUGAGCUUUGCAAGUAAAUAUUUUAUGUAUUUAUUGCACAUUAAGUACAAAAACAUUUUUGCCAAUUUAGAGUUGAUAUGUAAUAAAGCCUUUUAGUCCAAAAGUUCUUAUUUCUCUAACAAAAAUAAUAAUAAUAAUAAAAGAUGCAUCAUGUUUGUCCUUUGUUCUGCACAUGCUCAUUGCUGUUUGACAUCUAUAUGAACUCAUUUUGUCAAUCAAGAAUCUUUAAGCCUCUUUUAUGACAGACUUGUUUUACACUGAAAGAGCGCAGCCGUGUGGCGGGCGUCCAAACGCCAUCCCGGCUGACAUCACCGCUCUUGUUUCAGUGCUGUUACAUCAGAAAAUGAUUAUGUACAUAUUAAAGUCACUGCAGAGAACA